AUGGGUCUCGUGUACAUCCGCCGCAGGGCUGGGUCACGGUACAGGUGCUCUGUGCAGGUCUCCUUUGCACACCUGGCCAUGACACACCUGGCUGGCCCUCUCGUGCUGGGGAAAUGCUUUCUACCCCCUCGAGGUCCUUCUCAGCAGAGGACAGACUUGGGGCUUGGGGGGCUGAUGACUGGGAAGGCCACGGAGGACAUGGAGAAGAGGCUGGUGGACCUGCCCUCCAUCUCCUCAACAGAGGGGGUGACCCCACAGGGGUUCCCAGAAGCAGGUGCUGGGGAUUGUAGGGGAAGACCUCCUACACCACCCAGACCACUGUCCCAGGUGGUUGUCCACCGGACAGUGGUCCAUCAGCCGGAACCCACGGAGGCCGAGGCCGAGGCUGCUCCACAACCUGAGGAGCUAGAGCUGGAUCUGGAGGGAGAGCUGGUGCCUGCAGUGACUUCAGGAGGAAACCAGGAGCCAGCAUAUGACCCGGCACCUGCCCACGGAGAGCCUGGCGCUGUCCAGGAAGAACUGGCACCUCCUCCUGCGCCAGCCCCUGCCCCUGCCCCUGCUACAGUUCCUGCCACUCCCCCUUCCCCCACCCCAGCCCCUGCCCCUGCCUCGGAACCAGAUCUUGACCCAGUUCCUGCCCCUUCCCUUACCCCUGCCUCUGCCUCUGCCCCAGCCCCUGCCCCUGCCUGUGCUCUUGUUCCUGCCCCUGCCCCUGUUCCUGCUCCUGCCCUGCCAGAGCCACUGUCCCUGACCCAGAUCCUACCCUUGCUCCUGUCCCUGUCCAUACUCCUGCCAGAGCCGCUGCCCCUUCCCCUGCCCCUGCCAGGGCUCCUGUUCCUGCCCCUGACCCAGAUCCUGUCCCUGCUCCUGCCCUGGAUCCUGCACCUGCCACUACUGCUGACCCUGUCCCUCCCCUUGCCCCUCCCUCUGCACCUGCUCUUACCUCUGUCCCUGCCCCUGUCCCUGCCCCUAUCCUGAGCCCUGCCCCUACUCCUGCUCCUGCAGGGCUCCCACUGCCAC